AUGACAAUGACAAUGGCAACUGAAGUCUUUUUAGGAAGUGGUGGCACUUUUCAUCGUGCUUUGAUCUUUAUGCUUAAACUUGGAUGGCAUUCAAGGUUUCGUCUACCAAUGCUUCUGAUCAUUGCAUUUGUUGCUAUUGACUACAGAAUUCAAGUGGAAACUGAAUUUGAAAAUCCAGGACCACAUAAUCUGUCAUCGAACAUCGUUUGUUUCGUCGUCUUAAUCAUAAUACUGGCUCUUGGAAGCAGAAGUUCAUCGAGGACCAUAGAAUCAGCGGAUUUAACGAACAGCGUCCAGGGUCCCGUAAUUAUUGCGCACGGUUAUCCGAACGUGAUUAAAACAAUGGAUAAUUCGGACGACAAUGACGGUAGACUGUGUGAAAUACAAUACCAAGUUACAAGGAAGAGGGCAGGAAGAUGCGUGAAACUGAGUCACGGUGUAACCGGUUGUAUUUCUGAAGAUUACAUGAAUCCUUUUCAUCCUGAUUGCUUCUAA